AUGACGGUGACGGCCGCGGGCGACGUGGACCCGCCCCCGCCGCGCUCGACCCCCGACGCCGCCCUCCCCUACGCCUCCUCCGACCGCUCCGCCGACGCUCGGGCCUCCGCCCACCCGCGCCUCCAACCUCCGCCGGAACCGGAGCGUCGCUGCGAGCGUGUCGCCGUCAACGUCGCGGGCCUCCGCUUCGAGACGCUCUUGUCGACGCUGGAGCGCUUCCCGGACUCGCUGCUGGGCGACGGGCGACGCCGGUCGCGGCACUUCGACGCGGCGCGCAACGAGUACUACUUCGACCGCAGCCGCCCAAGCUUCGACGCCAUCCUCAACUACUAUCAGUCCGGCGGGCGUCUGCGCUGCCCGGCCAGCGUGCCCUUGGACAUGUUCGUGGAGGAGCUGAGCUUCUUCGAGCUGGGCGCCGACGCCAUCGAGCGCUUCCGCGCAGCCGAGGGCCACCCCCGUUGUGAGCAGCGCCCGCUGCCCUCGGCGGCCUGGAAGCGCCGCGUCUGGCUCCUCUUCGAGCACCCCGAGAGCUCGCGGGCCGCGCGCCUCGUCGCCGGCGUCUCCGUCCUCGUCAUCCUCCUCUCCAUCCUCGUCUUCUGCCUCGAGACGAUACCGCGCGGCCGCGGCGAACGGCCGCAGCGGGCCGGGGGCUUCUACGAGGACGAGGAUGGCGGUGGUGGCAGCGGUGGUGGCGGCGACGGCUUCCCCGACGACGAGGAGGAGGACGAGGAGGAGGAGGCCAAGGCCGCCGGAGGAGGAGGAGGAGGAGGAGGAGGCCUCUCCGACGACCCGUUCUUCGCCGUGGAGUCGCUGUGCGUGGUGUGGUUCAGCGUCGAGCUGCUGGCACGCUUCCUCGCCUGCCCGGGCAAGGCGGCCUUCUUCCGCGACGUCAUGAACACCAUCGACGUCGUCGCCAUCGUGCCGUACUUCGUCACGCUGGGCACCGAGCUGGCUGAGCGAGGCGGUGGCGGCGGAGGCGGCGGUGGAGGCGGAGGCGGCGGGGCUCAGACCACGUCGCUCGCGACCCUGCGCGUCAUCCGCCUCGUGCGCGUCUUCCGCGUCUUCAAGCUCUCGCGCCACUCCAAGGGCCUCCAGAUCCUGGGCCAGACCCUCAGGGCGUCCAUGCGCGAGCUGGGCCUGCUCAUCUUCUUCCUCUUCAUCGGCGUCAUCCUCUUCUCGAGCGCGGCCUACUUCGCCGAGUUCGACGAGCCCCGCACGUACUUCCUGAGCAUCCCGCACGCCUUCUGGUGGGCCGUCGUCACCAUGACGACGGUGGGCUACGGCGACGCGGUGCCGGCGACGACCGGCGGCAAGGUGGUGGGCUCGCUGUGCGCCAUCGCCGGGGUGCUCACCAUCGCCCUGCCCGUGCCCGUCAUCGUCAGCAACUUCAACCACUUCUACCACCGGCACACGGACGCCGAGGAGGAGGAUUCGCGCGUGGCGGCGGCCGCGGCCUCGGCGGCCUCGGCGGCGGCCUCGGCGGUGGCCUCGGCGGCCUCGGUGGCCUCGGUGGCCUCGGUGGCCUCGGCCUCUUCGGGCAACUAUGCUGCCCUGUUGCUGGUACGCCGCCCUGUUGCUGGUACGCUGCCCUCUUGCUAG